CGUCAUGAUUUCACGCAUGCGUGUUAAAGUGGAAAAGGGAACAUAUAAACUGCUGCUCCAUCGUGAAACACCACAAAUCACCAGAUCAUCUUCAGGCAGCUGCGUCUGGUCGUGUCAUCACUGUGCAGAACCAUGAGUAAGAACUUCUUGUCCAUGGACGAAGAGCUCCAGAAGGGUGACUUCCUGUUAUCCAACAAUGGAGAGUACAAGGCCAUCUUUCAGGAGGACGGGAACUUUGUGGUCUACGGCUGGAAGCCGGUUUGGGCGUCUAACACUAAUGGACAGACCAACGCCAAAAGGCUGAUUAUGCAGGAAGACUGCAACUGUGUCAUGUACACAGAUGACACAGUGUUGUGGCACACCAACACCCACAAUUCCAACGUCAAACGUUGCCGCUUGACUCUGAGGAAUGACGGCAGACUGUUCGUGGAGAACGAUGGUGCUGUUGUGUGGAAAUCUACAAAAUGGAGCUAAAUACUGUAACAAAAGACUUAAAAGUCUCUGAGCUUUGUUUCUGUGCAAUUGGUGAUCAAUAAAAUACAUUAAUCUGGA